UACUGAUGUUUUUAAUGAUUACAUUGCCAGUGAGCUCCUGUCUUAGAAUCUCCCCGGACCUGAGGCUUCCCCAAGAUAGUGGCAUGUUCAUAACGCAUUUCAACGCUUUUUCUGUCCUAAAUCCUUGACCGAAUGCUUGAUAGUAUCUGCUACUUCCUUGUCUGGAGAGUCUUCUUGCCCAGCACCGCACACCAGCUUGGCACACAGGGGUAACUCCCCCUCGGGAAGAAAGUGAGUCUGCGUGCCCGUGGUGCCGAUCACCAGCACGUUUUUCUUCAGGUCGAUGGAGCACUGGUGUCUCCUGAGCAUGUCUAGUCCUAGAAGCAUGUCCAUGGGUUGCUCCUCCAGGAUAGAGAACGAGCACUGGAGGAAAUCGCCUUCGAUCUGAAUCUGGGCUAGAUGGACCCGGCCAAUAAUUCUCUGCGUGCCCACCCCUUUGGCGAUGCCAGCCCACCGGCGGUCCACCAGCCGAAUUAUGUUACAUCUCUCGGCACAAGCUUGGCUCACAAUGGUCAUCUGGGCACCAGAGUCCACGAAAGCCUUCAGAGGGUGUCCGUUCACUUUGCAGUUGAUGUAGAGCAUGGUCACCUGCCCGAAACUCUCCGGAGCCUCUUCCAUCGCGAUGCUCAUGUUUUCCUCAAUGUUCUGCUGCCGGAUUUCUUCUUCUAUUUUGGCCUGAGCUUCCAAAUCAAAGGGGUCGGCGGCGAAGAGACGCAGCCGCUCCUGCUCUCGCAGGGCCCUCUCCCUCUGCUGCCCCAUGAGGACCUGAGAAAAGGUCUCGAGGUUCCCGCUGAGCAGGGCUUCGGCCAGGGGCUGGUUGUGCUCCUUGAGCAGCGACAGGUCGUGGGGGUUGGACAGCAGCAUGCUCCGGAUCAGGGCGGGGCUGUCCAGGCCUUGCGCGGACGGCCUCUUCUCUCCCGAGGCCAGGCCGUGGGGCUGCUGGCCCCGCGGGGCCCGGUGCGGCGCGUGGGGCGCGUGGGGCGCGCGGCAGCUGGACGUCCCCGGCUCGGCUGCCCCGGGGCGGUCCAUCCGCCGCAGGCUGGCCGUCCGUGCGGGCGGCCGAGGCCCCGCGCCCUCCUUCUGCAGCAGCACCAGCACGUCGCCGUCUCGGAGGCCGUAGGAGCUCAGGGAGCGGUGGUCGUCAGCCAGGAGCCGCUCCAGGAAGAUGAUCUGGAUCUCGUCGGCGGGGAUGCCGGACUCGAGCUCACAGAGGAGGCGGAAGUUGUACAGCUCGAAGUCCGGGCUGACCUGGAGGGAGAAGGUGGCCUCGGACAGGUCGCUCCGCACGCAGUACACGGUGACCUGCAUGACAUGGGCCCGGGGCAUCGGGGUGUCCUCUGGCUGGCUGGAGCCCCUCUCGCCGGUGGUGCGGUUGCUCCUCCGGAUGCGCCGCCUGGGCCGAGGGUCGUUCACUCCUCGGCAGAGGCCCAGCCGCUCGCCAGCCUCAGCGCCGACUGCGCGGCCGCUCGGAGCCCUGCGGGGCGGCGUGCGUUCCAGGCUCGUUUGUGCGGCGCUGCGCGGAACGCGGAACCCCGUUCCCACGGAGGCGCCCCGACCCCGGGCCGCGGGGCCCCCGGCCCAGGCCCAGCCCCUCCAGCCCUGCCGCGCCCGCGUCGGGGAAGGCGCGAUUUCAGCCCUUCCUGCACAGCUUGGCCACUUGAGAGCUGUGUCCGUGUACUUGCCAGCGUACCCCAAGCCGGGAGUGCGUGUUUGCGGCGCGCUGAGCUCGGCAUGAAGGGUGGCUCAGCCCUGGCGCCCGACCUCGAGGACCUCCCCUCCUCGGGGGGGACCGACGGUCAGCGGGGAGUCCGAACACUGGGGCUCAGCGAGAGGCACCGCAGUCGAGAAUUACAGAAGCCAGAAUUCACAACAAGGCCGGUAGUGUUCCACAGGGAAGGGAGACCUGACUUCCAACGGCGGGGUAUGAAGCUGGAAAGAGGAGACUUGUACCGAAGAGACGAGACCAUCCAGGUGACAGGACACGGCCACGUGCAGAGCCCUCGCUUCCCCAACAGCUACCCCAGGAACCUGCUCCUGACCUGGCAGCUCCAAUCGCAGGAGAAAACCAGAAUACAGCUUGCCUUCGACCACCAGUUUGGCCUGGAGGAAGCCGAAAAUGAUAUCUGUAGGUAUGAUUUUGUGGAAGUUGAAGAUGUAUCUGAAACCAGUACCAUAAUUAGAGGGCGGUGGUGUGGACACAAGGAAGUCCCUCCAAGGAUAACAUCAAGAACGAACCAAAUUAAAAUAACAUUCAAGUCUGAUGACUACUUUGUGGCUAAACCUGGAUUCAAGAUUUAUUAUUCUUUUGUGGAUGAUUUCCAACCCGCAGCAGACUCAGAGACCAACUGGGAGUCAGUCACAAGCUCUAUCUCAGGGGUACCCUAUCACUCUUCAUCAGUAACGGACCCCACCCUCACUGCGGAUGCUCUGGACAAAACAGUCGCAGAAUUUGAUACCGUGGAAGAUCUGCUCAAGCACUUCAAUCCAGAAUCAUGGCAAGAAGAUCUUGAGAAUCUAUAUUUGGAAACCCCCCAUUAUCGAGGCAGGUCCUACCAUGAUAGGAAGUCAAAAGUCGACCUGGACAGGCUCAAUGAUGACGUCAAGCGCUACAGUUGCACUCCCAGGAAUUACUCUGUCAACUUAAGAGAGGAGCUGAAGCUGACGCACGUGGUCUUCUUUCCCCGGUGCCUCCUUGUGCAGCGUUGUGGGGGCAACUGUGGCUGUGGGACCAUCAACUGGAAAUCCUGCACGUGCAGUUCCGGGAAAACUGUGAAAAAGUAUCAUGAGGUAUUAAAGUUUGAACCUGGCCAUUUCAAGAGGAGGGGCAGAGCAAAGCACAUGGCUCUCGUUGACAUCCAGUUGGAUCAUCAUGAGCGCUGUGACUGCAUCUGCAGCUCACGACCACCUCGAUAAAAGAGUGUGCACAUACUUCCAUUGAGCAUGAAUGAAUCUUUAGUUUAAGGAGGGUGUGGUAAGAGACCCUUUUCCCACCAGCAACCGAACUUAACUACUAGCCUGCAAAGCAAUGAAUACAAGUGGUUGCUGAGUUUCAACCUAGCUUUGUUAGCCAUGGCAAGUAGAAAGGUAUAUCAUCAACUUCUGUAUCCCAGAAUAUAGGAUUGCAUUUAAUGAUAGUGUCGGGGAAUAUAUACGUGUGUAUAUACAUAUGUGUAUAUUCUCCAUGUCUAUGUGUAAAUACAUCAAAUGGUUUAUUCAGUGUAUACAACCAGAGCUGACAUAUGGUGGACUUAUUUAGACCCUUAAAAUCUUUUGACUAAUUCAGGGACAUAUUAAAUACAUGAAACAUGGCCUUGGAAGAUUCAGAAGAUUAUUUUGUUUAUUUUUAAAUUCGAAUCACAAAACAACCUUGGAUCUUGCUCUUUUAAAGAAAACCCAUUGUAUAUUAAAAAACCAAUAAAUUAGCUUUUCUUAUAUAAACAUCUUAAUUAUAAAAAAAAAGGAAAACUAUGGCUUCUGGGAAAAGCACAGAUGAUUUUUCCCAUGGGACGCACUAUAUGCUUACCUAUGUAGACAAUAAUUACCUAUCUCCAGAAGCAUGCCAUAAUAAUAUAGAUGCUUUAGAAAUUAAGUCAUUAAGUCUUCUUUUUAUGCAUCUUGCUGAGGCAUGCAAAUUCACUUAACACCUGUCUCAAAAAAAUUUCUCAGAAGGUUUAUUAUUAUAAUCCUCCCAGAGACAAUUUAUUAACUGUAGCAGAAUUUUUAAUUGUUUUAUUCUGAAACUCCUCCACAGAAGUAACUCCUUUUAGAAAAUGGCAUGGGGACUCUGUAUGAGCCUUUCAAAAUAGUGUUGGUUGAAAGAUUUGGGUAGUUGAAAGUAAGAACAGUGAAUGCAGAAAUAUUAACAGAACUGGAAAUCGGAUGGAAUAUUUGAUUGGAUCCAUAUUUAAUAAUGGGUCCAAAACUCUCCAAACUAUGCCAGUUCAUUUUAUGUCUCUUGCUUAUGUGUUCCUGUCUCUUUGCUAUACAAACGUGGAUUUACAAUGGCAUUUAAAUUUGGCAAGAAUCGUGAAUUAUUUUUAGACUAAAAGCUUUUGUGUAUUAAAACCACCCGAUGUUAUUGAUGUACGUUCCUAAUUGUACCCUCACUCACCAUUCUGAAUUCCUGUUUCUGAACUAAGUGAAAUCAGAUCUGGGGUCUGUGGUUCUCUCCAGAUCUGCGGAGCUUGUUCUAAGAAGCUGUCCUGCAAGUUACAGGAACACAAAUUUGGCCUCUCUCCGCCGCUAGAAACCUGGAGUUUGCAUCGGCAGUCAGUCCUGGUAUUUAGGGUCAUUUUCCCUCCCUGGCUCCUCAGUGUCUUUUGGAAAGGAGACGCUCCCGGAGGAGGAGGUGAUUCGUCAUUCUCCGAAGCAAGGCUCUUGGGAGAGAGCACCACUGAAACCCAGAUAGCUCCAGGGCUACUCAGAGAGAGUUCCAGUUUUCCUGCUGCCUUGAAACAAAAAAAGGAGAGACGAUUUCUUCCAUGAGUCUAGGGCCCUAGUGACUAGAACCAGUUUGAGUGAGGGGUGUGUGAGGCGGGCUGGGUAAGCCCUGGGGCUCAGGUGAGGGGUCUAAAUACACUUGGACUUCAAAGCAUGGGCCACGUUCUCCACCGUCCUUCAUCAUACCCUCCUUUCCUCUCAGCUCUUUGAGAUGAAAGGCCAUUGCUUAUUGAAGAUGGGAAACUUCCCUAGAAGCGCCCAGUGUUCUUACUGCAGGGAGUGAGUGGUGAAAUCACUGUCGUGUUCAGUUGUCCAGAAUCCCAGAGCACAGUCAGAAAUAGCCGAAGCAGAUGCCCUCACUGUCAGGGACCUGCUUGUCCCCUUCACGAGCGCGUGCAAGUUUACCGUGAAGACGUCGCGUGGGCGCCCAAAUCAAAAUGUGUGUCACCUCACUCUGGCUUGGUGCAGCUCAUGUCGUAGCUGUAAGUAUGAAAAAUUAGAGUGUUCUACCCCAAUUUUCAAUAAACCUUCCAGGCUGCAAUAACGGGGAUGGUUUUCAGUUAAAGCCCUAACUGUACUUUUUAUUUAUUAGCUGAAAUGUAAGCAGGCAUAUUCACUCACUUUUCUUUCUUCUUUCCUGAGGGUUUUAUUAAAACGUCUCCCUUGGUUAUCUGUUAUCUAUUGCACUUGCAACAUGUAGCCAAUAAAUCUGUUUCAUUGCCAUCAAAGGAAUAAAAAAGCUCGCCGUACAAAUUACAUUUCAAAACAAACCCUAAUCAAUCCGCAUUUCUGCGUGGCUCACUCACCUGGAAUAAUGCCUUUCAUUCAAUAUGUUCUUAUAGGGCAGAACACUUUCAUAAGUGGAAUUUGUUAUGUUUUUUGUCAUGUCGGUAACACGCGGCUUUUUCCUCUCGCAGCAUUUUUCUAUAGCAAAUGUAAUACGGCUCUUAUCUUCAUGAAAAAUAUAUAUUGCUUUUGAACAAAACUACUCCAUUAUUUAGUUCCCAAUUGCAGUUUUAAAAGGUAUACAGCAUUACGACCUUACUUUCACCAAUGCGUGCAGCUAUUUGGGGUGACAGGAUGGGGUGACAGCUGCGGGCUUGGUUUGAGGAAGUAGGGCCUGCGCGAACCUUGUCCCCUAGCAGCAGGCUUUGGCCCAGUCUGUGUCCCGGAGCUGGGCAGCCAGGCGGGACUUGAGGUCUCGCGGUCUUGUUGUUGCUGUUUGUGCCUCUUUGACUGUUUGUUUGCCUGCAGGCCUUUUAAUAAAAUAUAGUCGCCUCUGACAUUCCUCAUCAAGGAGAGUUCACAGGCUGUCUCUUCCUUGGGGGCCUGACAUCAGUACCAUCCCGACUCAUUGCCCCCCAGCCGGAGGGGGAGGGCUCCCGGCUCAGGGAGGCCAGUGAGGGGCUGUGAGCCUAUGGACUUUGAUGUACGAUCAGGGGACGCAGAGUGUAAAGAGCUCUGCUCACUGCAAGAAUUUGAGCUUUUGCUUGCAGUUUGGUCUUCAUCAUUGUCCUACCCGCGGCUGGACAGGAGCUGCUCGGUGUUGGCUGAAACUCAGCCACUUCGUGGAAUGAGCAGUUUCCGGUUGUUCAGGGAAAGGGAGUAGAGACAUGUAUUCUGUGCCAAGAAUCAAUUUUACCAUCGGAAAUACCAGCUAACGUGUGAGUCAAAGUGUGGGUAAGGGACAGGAAGGAAUCAAAUAAUUCUGUGCAUGGUUGUUAAUUCGGAUAACUUGGAUUUUCAUGAUUUUUAUAUAAAAAUCCAAGUUAUCUGAAUAUAUAAUAUAUGUAUACAGUUAUCUGAAUAUAUAAUAUAUGUAUACAGUUAUCUGAAUAUAUAUAUAUAUCUGUAUUUCUGUGUGUGUGUAUAUAUACACAGUAUCUUAAUGCAGAUACCUUAAUCAUCUGAUGUUAUUUCUUGAAGUAUACAUGUGUCCAGUUUUACCCUAAGAAUAACUUUACGGAUGUCCAAAUUGUUCAUAUCCUCCCGGGGUCCUCUGGUAGAAUAUUAAAUUAAAAUUCAUAGAUUGGUAUUCAUGCCUGAAA